GGUGCGAGCCGGCGCCGGGAACGUUCGCCGCGGGGGCGGCUCCGGGGCCUGAGUGGGCGCCGUCGCCUCAGCCGCCGCCGCCGCUCCAGUCGAGGGGGCCGGGCCGGAGGAGGCUGCGGCCGCCGGAGAGCCACGCGACGCCCCCUCAGCUCCGGCCGGGAAGUGAGCCAGGAUGAUUGAGGAAGGUGGGAACAAGAGGAAGACCAUGGCGGAGAAGAGACAGCUCUUCAUAGAAAUGCGUGCUCAGAAUUUUGAUGUCAUACGACUGUCAACGUACAGAACAGCUUGCAAGUUACGAUUUGUACAGAAGCGAUGCAACCUUCAUCUCGUUGAUAUCUGGAACAUGAUUGAAGCUUUCCGAGACAAUGGCCUUAACACACUGGACCACAGCACUGAGAUCAGCGUGUCCCGCCUCGAGACCGUCAUCUCCUCCAUCUACUAUCAGCUGAACAAGCGCCUUCCUUCCACCUACCAAAUCAGCGUGGGGCAGUCCAUCAGCCUCCUCCUCAACUUCAUGAUCGCCGCCUAUGACAGUGAGGGCCGAGGCAAGUUGACCGUAUUUUCAGUUAAAGCUAUGUUAGCAACCAUGUGUGGUGGAAAAAUGCUGGACAAAUUGAGAUACAUUUUCUCCCAGAUGUCAGAUUCCAAUGGCUUGAUGAUAUUUGGCAAGCUUGACCAGUUUCUGAAGGAAGCCCUAAAGCUCCCUACAGCUGUCUUUGAAGGCCCAUCCUUUGGUUACACGGAACACGCAGUCCGCACCUGUUUUCCACAACAGAAGAAGAUAAUGCUGAAUAUGUUUUUAGACACCAUGAUGGCCGAUCCUCCUCCCCAGUGCCUUGUCUGGCUACCUCUCAUGCACAGGCUUGCCCAUGUGGAGAAUGUCUUCCAUCCUGUGGAGUGCUCCUACUGUCACUGCGAGAGCAUGAUGGGCUUCCGGUACCGAUGCCAGCAGUGCCACAAUUAUCAGCUCUGCCAGAACUGCUUUUGGCGUGGCCAUGCCAGUGGCACUCACAGCAACCAGCACCAGAUGAAGGAGCAUUCCUCUUGGAAAUCCCCUGCAAAGAAGCUGAGCCAUGCAAUUAGUAAAUCUUUGGGCUGUGUACCCUCCAGAGAACCCCCACAUCCUGUUUUUCCUGAGCAACCAGAGAAACCACUUGACCUUGCACACAUAGUUCCUCCUCGUCCUCUGACUAAUAUGAACGACACCGUGGUUAGCCACAUGUCCUCUGGAGUGCCCACUCCCACCAAGAGGUUACAGUAUAGCCAGGACAUGCCCAAUCUCUUGGCCGAUGAGCAUGCGCUGAUAGCCUCCUAUGUGGCCCGUCUGCAGCACUGCACACGUGUCCUGGACAGUCCUAGCCGGCUGGAUGAGGAGCAUCGGCUUAUAGCACGUUAUGCUGCCCGACUGGCUGCAGAGGCAGGCAACAUGACCCGUCCUCCCGCUGACGCCAGCUUCAACUUUGAUGCCAACAAGCAACAGAGACAACUCAUUGCAGAACUGGAAAACAAGAACAGAGAGAUCCUGCAGGAGAUCCAGCGCCUACGGCUGGAGCAUGAGCAGGCUUCCCAGCCCACUCCUGAGAAGGCCCAGCAAAACCCCACGCUGCUAGCAGAGCUGCGCUUGCUGAGGCAAAGGAAAGAUGAACUGGAGCAGAGGAUGUCAGCACUGCAGGAGAGUAGGCGGGAGCUGAUGGUACAGCUGGAGGGGCUGAUGAAGCUGCUAAAGGCUCAAGCCACAGGGUCACCUCACACAUCACCCACUCAUGGAGGUGGCCGCCCUAUGCCCAUGCCCGUGCGUUCCACGUCUGCAGGCUCCACCCCUACCCACGGCCCACAGGAUUCACUGAGUGGAGUUGGAGGAGACGUACAGGAGGCCUUUGCACAAGGUACAAGGAGAAACCUCCGCAAUGACCUGCUGGUGGCUGCUGACUCCAUCACCAACACCAUGUCGUCCCUGGUGAAGGAGCUUCAUUCAGGUGAAACCCAGAGCUCCCCACCAGUCUCCACCUCCCCUGUGCCCACAUCUUCCUGCUCUCUCCUACCACCAGGCAAAUAGCCUUUCCUGCCACUCUGUUUUCCCUUCUAGGAGCACGCAGGAUCUUCACCCAGUGCCUCCCUCCCACAUGUGAUCACAGUUUAUAUUAAGAACAGUCUGAAGGAGCAGACACAGCUCCUCAGUGCAGCCAGAUCCCCGCCUCACUCUCUGUCUCCACCUACACUUUGUCCACAGUGUCUCUUUCCCUAGGGGCCGCCUCAUUCUGAAGCUAUCCUGGAUGUGGCAGCAGCCAGCACAAGCCACCUGUCUCUAUUCCAGCCGCCCUCUGGCUUCCUGCUGUUUGAUUCUGUUUAGAAACACUGUCUUCUCCUUUUGUCCGUGACCAGGCUCUGAUCUCACCUGAAGAUCCCAGCUGCAGCUCCCUCCGUUCUUCUCGUUUGGUUCUAUUUGACUUUCUCUCUCCAUCUCUCCAUGACUCAGCCGGUGCAGUGGUUUCCCAGGGUCCUCUGCCUCACAGCAUUUUCCCACAAAACCACCGAGUAGACCACCAGGGAUAUAGCCACCCAGUGCUUAGGAGUUACUUUGUAGCCUUGGCGUUCCUACAAGGGCUGCCAUCCCCAGUGCUGCAGCACUCACACCAAAGGCCACCGAUCUCUGUCAUUUCUUACCCAAGGCAGUGCUUGUAAGAACUCUGCAGUGGCCUCUAGCAGGGCUGUCAAGCUAAAGCACAGAGCAGGGUUUCCAGGAGCCAUUCAGACAGUCCUGUGGAAGACACGCCCAGAGUGUUUGCAGCAGGGGAAAGCAUCUCCUUUUGGGCUGUCAUUUUUUCCACACCUCAGCCCUCAAGUCCUUCUGUUUUCCUUCAGAAGAGAUUACACCUGUGGCCUGAUUGGCUUUCCCAGCUCAGGUCCAUCACCCAUUCUGUUUCUCAUGCCCACACCAAAGCCCAGCCCUCACUGUACAUGCACAGAGCUGGGGAUGGGUGACCUCAGGAUGACCCCACAGCUGAUUAGAAAGCCCUUUCUCCAAUAUAGCUCCCUGAUAGGUUUCACUUGGUGUUUUAGAUGGAAUUUUAGGGAUUUUUAGGACAUGCAGAGAAAGUACAGUUAGAGUUUAUGGAAAACAAGCGACUCACGAGCUCAGUACUCAAGAAUGGGAAUGUAACUUGAUUGACAGGAACUGAUCAGGCAUGGCAGUGCAUGCCUGCCAUCCCCAAUACUUGGGAGGCUUAUGAAUUCAAAGCCCACCUAGUCCAUAUGGUGGGGGGAAGGGGCAAGAACAUCAGUCAAUAUGAAAAGCCGGUUUUAAUAAAAUUGUGUCAUUUAGAAGGUA